UAUCUCAAUGAAUACAGAAUUAAGAUCUACCACAAAGCGAGAAAGCACGAGACAAAGCUAAUCACAUGCGUAUUACGCCAAGCCUUUAAACAAAAGAUCAUUUAGUGUGCAGCUCGUGUACACAGGGCUUGAAGCAAAAGAGCAAAACAAACAAACAAAAAACAAAACAUAAAACCUUCCACCUUAGAUAAGUAAAUACAUUAAAUUAAAUUUCAUAACAAUAAUCAAAGCAAAACAACCAAGAGUUUCAGUAUUAUUAUUAUUGCUCAUUUCAUUCUUGAAACUCUAGUUUUAAACAUGUUUUUAAACAAGGAAAAUGAAGUACACCUUUUUUAAAUCACUGUCAUAACUAUUCCACACAUUAACCCCUCUGACAGAAACACAUCUCUGCUUUAUGUUUGUCCUUUUCUUGUUUUUUCUUGUUCUGGAGUAAUUUGGCAAACCUCAGCCUUUCCUCCCUGUUUCCUUAAGAAUGGCUUCUUGACAACAACGCUUUCACUGGGAGCAUUUCUGAUGAUGCCUCAGUGACAUUAGAUGGAUCCACUGGAGGGUCAGAUGCAUCUCUCAGGUCCUGUGUCAGAUCUUUGCUGGGUUUCUUCCUGUUUCUCACGGACAUGACUUGUAAUUUGUCGUUUAUACUGUUGUUUAUGGUGUACAGUGUUUUUGCAAGAGGCUUGUCAGCAGUGUAAGCAUGCACUGCUGAGCUUAAAAUGAUUUCUUUGCCAGUUCACUGCCAACGUUUAAAAAAUAAAGAACUUAGGGCUUCAUUUAAAUCGUUUGUAUACCAUCAACAUCAAAAUUUUAAUUUUUGGUCACAUUUUUCCACCAGUCUUUCGACUUAUUUGCUACUAAUGCUGAAAAUGUCUGUACAGAAAUCUUGGUUACUGCAGAGUCCAUGCACACCUGCAGUUUGACCCUGUCUAAAUAAAUGAUCUAUAGCUGUGUUACAGAUGGUUAGAGCUUGAUCAACAAGAAAUAAAGAGCCGUCAUCUGCAUUAACUGGAGCGCAUUAAGUCGUGCUACGUUGAAGUGGCUCAUUGUGCGCUCGGGAGCGGUGUAGCUUUAAGAAGGAGGUGGGCAGCGCUCCGAUGACGCAUGAAUAAUCCUGAAAAGAUGCUUCUAAACUCCAGGCCGGAGCCAGCGUGUAUGAUGGCUGUUGACUGAGCUGGAAGAAUUUCCGAGCCUGGCACGAUCAACUGUUGAGAAAAUAGUUUGAACAGGUUCAGGAGCUUGGGAAGCGACUCUAAAUGCAGAAUAAAACACACCCAUUCUGGCAGAUUGGCUUCUCCAAAAGACAAAUACAGUUAUUUACUAUUAAGGCAUUUACUAACGACAGAGGGCUUUCUGUUUGCAGCUCUAUGUGCGCUGCCCAGAGCCAACUUGAGGGAAGGAACAUUGGAAGAAUAUUUCUCUAAAAGUCUUUUGCUGUCUGUCUUGAAGAGGAAGUGCUACCAUGCCACAUUUGAGAACACUAUGUGUCUAUUUCUUGGUAGCCCUGAGCCCAGUUAUGACAAACACCAUCACCGAGGACAUAGAUGUUUUGGUAUUUUUGCCACAAAAUAAUUCUUAUCUUUUUUCAUAUGAACGAGUCGCACCAGCGAUCCAUUACGCACAAAAGAGACUGAAGGCGGACGGGGGUCAGUACUCCGGGUUCAACUUCAACAUCCAGUUUGAAAACUCCGACUGCCUCUAUGAUGCUUUCUUCACAUUAGCGGACAGGUCUUGCGGACAGAAGCCCGACCUGAUCCUGGGUCCUGUGUGCGAGUACGAGGCUGCGGCAGUGGUAAGGCUGGCGUCCCACUGGAACAUCCCGGUGAUCUCGGCAGGUGCCCUCGCCACGGGUUUCGCGAACAAGAACAAAGAAUACUCCCACCUGACUCGCAUCGCCCCGUCCUACGUGAAAAUGGCAGAGACUUUCACGGCGAUGUUUGAACACUUCACCUGGAAGAGCGCUCUGCUGGUCUUCGAGGACGACCGGGAGCAGCGGAACUGUUACUUCACGUUAGAAGGAGUAUACCAUCUGAUGAGUAACUAUAACAUCGAAAGCUAUGUGUUAACUGAAGACAAACCCCUGGACACGGACGAGCUCCUGCGAAGCAUCAAUGACAUGGGAGUGGUGAUUAUGUGCAUGGGAGCAGACAAAAUAAGAGAGAUCAUGCUGGCUGCACACAAACGACAGAUGACAACUGGCAAAUGCAUAUUCUUUAAUGUUGAACUCUUUAAUGCCUCUUCUUAUGGCAAUGGCUCAUGGAAGAGAGGUGAUGAAUACGACAACGAUGCAAGGCAAGCCUACGCUGCUCUGAACACUGUGACUCUCCUGAGAACUGUCAAGCCUGAGUUUGAGAACUUCUCCAUAGAAAUGAAAAUGCCCUUUGAAAAAGUAGGGCUUCGUGACUGCAACGACUGUGAAAAUGUCAACAUGUUUGUUGAGGGAUUCCAUGAUGCCCUGUUACUGUAUACCAUCGCCUUGCAUGAAGCCAUGAAAAAUGAGUACAGCAAGAAGAAUGGAACAGAGAUCACCUCACGUAUGUGGAAUAGAACAUUCGAAGGAAUUGCUGGCCAAGUGUCUAUAGAUGCCAAUGGUGAUAGAAAUGGAGAUUUCUCUUUGAUGACCAUGACAAAUGUUGAAGCAGGAACCUAUGAGGUGGUGGCUAAUUACUUUGGUGUAAAUGGAACUUUUCAGCUGUUGCCAGCAUUCAACACUGAGCAUUUCACUCUGAAAGGAGGGGAUAAAGACCACCCUGAGAAAACAGAUAAAUCAGACACACCCUGUAAAUGUGGACUAGGAGUGUCAGCUUUGACUGGAGUCAUAGUCGGAGCUGUUCUGGGGGCUGUAAUCCUUGUAGCAUUCUACUUUUUCAGAAAAAACUACAGAAUUACCAUUGAGCGUCGCACACACGGCGAAGAAUGUGACUCUGGAAAGCAUCGUCAGUUACGAGAAGACUCCAUCAGAUCAAACUUCUCAGCAGCAUAAUGACAGGCUGACACAGUCCUUGGAGAAUCGCACAUGUGACCAAAGACUUUGCAGUGGCUGUCAGUAGACCCACAGUGUUAGUUAUGAGACACUCGUUUUUGUGUCCUUUGAUGUUUUGACUAUAUUAACUCAGGACAGCUGUAACAGUCACAAAGCACCACUCACUUGGAUUUUCCCCCACACAAAGGUAAAUGAUUGUAUUGGUGUUUCAUGAUAUUUGGCCACAAUGUUCUUUGAGGUUUUUCUAUGCAUCUGGUAUUAUUGUUAUUAUUAUUAUUAUUAUUAUUAUUAUUAUUAUUAUUAUUAUUAUUAUUAUUAUUAUUAUUCACACAAUUCUAACUAUUAACUGUGAAUAAUUCAAAACAGUAUUUAACACUAUAUUGGCAUGCACUACUAGCAGAGUUGUUGAGGUCUAUUUUUACCUUGCAGUUUUAAAAACAGUGUAUAAGUGUAGUACACCUAAAUGUCAUCUUAACACUUUAAGGAUAUAACAGAGCUAAAGGGGUGUAGACUAGAUCUAUAUCAAUAGGUGAUAAGCUACUGAUCUUGAGCUACUGAUACUGUAAGGUUUUCAGUUCAUUACAACAUUGCUGCAGUCUGGUAGCCUUCAUACAAAUCAUGUUCCAUCAGUUUUCUAAACAUGCUGAUUUCUAAUGAUUGUUUUCUUUUAAAUAAUUUUAUUGUAAAAAUUCCUCAUAUAAUUAAUUCACUACCUGAAAAGAUACUAAAGAUAUUUUUACUUUACUGAUAAUGUGUACUUUACGUUGCAUUUUUAUUACUGGUUCUUUAUGAAACUUUAAUAUAGCAGUAAACAAUAUUUUCUGUGUAAAGAUGUGUAUAGAAGCAUAAUUACAGAGAAUUACUAAACACUUCCUGUCUGUGUCUUGCAAUACAAGCGUCUCGUACAUGACAUUUCAUGAGUCCUUCCCUUUGAAACAUUGUCCUGGUUCAUAAAGAGACACAUGUGAAGGUGAAAGUGAGAUGACAGAGUACACUCAGGAGCAGCCAACCCCAAAACCCAAAGUAGUAAAAACAAUACUUUAUUCAUAUUUACUUACUUUCUGCAUCCCUGCUGUUCUCCUCUGUGCUCUCUUUCAUUCUGUGUGUGUCUACAUCACCUUUGAGGCUGUAAAUAAAUUGCAAAGAGAAGAGAAAGGUGACCUGAUAUCUUUGACACUUGUCUCACUUCCAAUGAACGGAUGUCCGUAAACACAAAUCUGGACAGGAGCCCAACAGCACAUGAUCAUCAAGGCCAAGUUUUUUGCCAAAGGAGAAUAAGUUAUUAAGUAAGUUGUUAUUAAGGGCGUAUUGUUGAGACAUUCAUUAAUUAGUUAGUGAUUUAUUUAUAUUAGUACAGACAUGGUUUUUAGUAACAUAAAUAAGCUCUUUUCUACAGGCUGUUUAAUAAAGAGAUCUAUAGAUAAGGUUGUUAGCUUACUCAUUGAGGUUGUAGGCAGGAACUGAUUUAUUGUUGUUUUUUUUUAAAAAAACAAACAAAAACAAUUUUAUUCUUAAGCACUGGGUUAACUUUUAUUUAAAUCUGUGUGUAAUAUUAUUAUAAUGACUCUUGGCAUGUGGUUGUGUAUGAUGACUGAACAUUGAACACGAUGUGUUUAAAUUAUUCCUUGUAAAUUAUAACAUCUAUUAUUUUACAUAUUUCUCUCAAUAUUGAAUUUAUAAUAAGUUUGUAUUUUCUUGUUAUGAUUAUUUCUGAAGAAUACUUUUACUACACGAAUAGUUCAGUUGUACCCUACAAAUACUUCUCAAGUAUCACUUAUAAGUAUAGGGAGCUCUUGAGUUUAUAAGCCAGUGUUAAUAUUGAUUUUUUUAUGAUAUUAUUUUAAUUAGAGUAUACGUUGUGAUAAUUAGGAAUACAGUUUAUCUUACGUCAUUAAACUUUUGGUUUGUCUGAAAUGUCAUC